UUUAACUUUUAUUUUUGCUAAUGGCCACAUUUUUACAUGAAAGCAAGCAAAACAAAAUUAAAAAAUCAAGGCUGAAUUUUUACUACCAUUCCGAAUUAUGACGAACAUUUAAGCUUUGAUAAAAGUAAAUUAGAUAGGAAUAUUUUUGGAUCCGCGCCCCACGAUAACAAAUGCUAUUAUGUGUCAACGUCAGACAACCGAUGGAUACACAUUUCGUUUAGCCACCAGCUGUUGCGCUCACACCAGAGCUAAAUAGCGCCAAUUAUAACAACCUGCUACGCAGUGCAUCGUAUAAAUCUCAAUCCUCUAUAUAGCUGUGUAAGACCAUCCCAGAAUAUGUGUAGCUUCUUAUCCAUAGGAUGUUUUUGUUUAACAUUAACAACGACAGUCAAGGAGGCAUGCUGUCAAAUGAGUGGUAAUGAUUUAGAAGGUCACCUAUCCUCCCCGAAAUACGUCACACCAUAUCUUGAAGAAGUAAAGGAAUCCUUCAUUAUGGCCGUAGAAAGCACGUGUCUUCUAAUCGCCGGUGUCUUAAUGCUGAUCACCAUCAUCAUUCUAAUAAUAGGAACCGUCAUAGUCUCGUUCUGUUCUCGCGACGAAGAGAUCGACUAUCACAUGAUUCCGCAGGGCGACUGGCACCCGGAACACCUCGACUAUGAUAGUAUCAUUGACCUUUUACAAAGCAUUCAAAAGAGCAAGAAGUUUCAGGACUUGCAAGACUUUUUGGCGCAAGGAAAACAUUUAGUACAUUUAAACGACAGGUGAGAAGAAACCGAGUGAAGCUGUUUCCUUUUCUUUGCAUUUGAUACAAAGAAGGAAAAAUCAAAGGAUAACAUGGCAAUAUGGCGCCGAUAUUCCAAACCUCUCAGGGCUUGACUUUUCUAUUGUUUUACGCCAAGGACUAGCAAAGUUUAAAUUUUUUUUUGUAUAUUGUGAUAUUUCUGUGCAAAUCCGUUACAUUUGACGCAAUUUGACACUAUUCGCUAUUUGGGGUUUCUGUCUAGUUUGGGUGCACAUGUACCUCUAGUUGCAUCUACUAGAUGAAUUCAUUGGAUUCAGGAAAAUGUGUCGUGCGAUUUAGUGAACAGACACAUUUGUCACUCUUACAUUCAAAAGCGAAAUCCAUUUCCUUUACGGGCAGUUGUGAUAUUGUGAAGUUAUUUGGCGGGAAAUUUGAAUGAAAAUGAUAAUUACCCGAAUGAUCAUUACUUUUCUUCCGAAGAAAACCAAGAGGUUACGAUUGGUGGCGUGUGGUGCUAUACAUGUAUAAUUUCUGUUGCAUUAUUGCAACAUCUCUCUGCUCAUGUAUUGAUUUUUUUUCGCAUAUAUUUUGAAUUAUGGAAAAACCCAUGUUGUGUAACAGAACUUAAAAAAUGCCCGCAUGUAUUGAUCUAUGUAUUCAUGUGCAUUUUUUACGAAGUUCACUAAUAUAUCCGAUAACAUAUUCCAUUCCUGUGCAAGUUUCAAGCAUAUUCGGCUCUGACAGAUAUAUAUCGUGAUACUUGUAUAUGCACGGAAAUGCACGUGAUUUAACGUUUGGUGUACUAGAAACUUGAACGUAGAGUUCUGUAAUUUUUUGGCAUACGCCGAAUCUAUUGGGAAAAAAAUGUUGUACUCUUUUCAAUGAGAUAUAGAUUAGGUCAAUUGAUUUGAGCAGAAUUUUUUUUUAAUAAUUAUUCUUUUGAUAUACAUUUAUAUACAUUGUCCUAUAUUUAUUACGGUAACCUGUUAUUUGUUGAAAAUUGAAAUAAAUAAAAACCAUGUCCAUUAUACAUGCUAUAAAGACGUUACAUGAAAAAAAAAAAAUAAUUGUUGAAAUUGUUUCAUAGAGUU